CUGGCAUAAACUAUAAGUACUCCCGGAAUUAAAAUGGCUGCUUCUAUUCCCUUUAGAAAACUUCUAGUUAGAAGCCUUUUUUCUAAGCAAGUGCACCUCGAAAUAUCAAGUAUAAAUAGUUUUGUUGUGCGCAAUGCUAAUUGCAAGCUGCAGACAUUGCAUCGAGCUCCGGCUUUUAGUCAUCAGCUCUUGCGUCCCUUCAGUUCUCAAGUUUUAUACAAAACAGACGUAACUGUUGAUAUCCGAGAUGGGCUUCCUGUCGUUGCUCUUCCUUUGCCUUCACGGAAGGAAUCCUGUGAAUUCACCUUAAAGCCUAUAUCCCAGACAGUGGGAGAUUUCGUCAGAUUCAUCAAAGAAGAAGAUGGAGGUGUUGACACUGUGACCUUUUUUACCGCAGAGGGCAACAGAAUUGCAAAGUCAACAACCAUUGAUGUGCUGAUGCGUUCUGACUUUAAGCUUAGCAUCAACGAAGAAAAAUAUGAUGUCAGCCCUCCAGUUCUUUGCCCUGUUUCGUCGGAGGAUGCACAGACGAUGACCGACGUGAAGCAGCUGAUUUCGAAGCUGUACUCCACUCUCAACGUAGAGAACCAUCAGUUGGAGAGAGAGAAUGAGAUUCUCCAACGAUUGGAAGAUCUCAACAUGCAGAUUGCACCCCUUGAACAAAAAAGCCAGAACCUGUUUCUGAGGGCCAACAACAACACGAACCGGUUGUCGUGGCUGGGGCUGGGCAUGAUGGGACUGCAGUUCGGCAUCCUGGCGCGGCUCACGUGGUGGGAGUACUCGUGGGAUAUCAUGGAGCCCGUCACCUACUUUGUCACCUACGGAACCUCUAUGGCCAUGUUUGCCUACUUUGUCCUCACCAAGCAGGAAUACAUCUUCCCCGACGCCCGAGACCGCCAGUUCCUCAUCAAGUUCUACAAGCUGGCCAAGAAGGAAGAUCUGGACGUGGACAAGUACAAUGAACUCCGAGAGGCCAUCACUGAAGCUGAGCACGACCUUCGGCGGCUCCGCGACCCCUUGCAGAUGCAUCUACCCAUCCGGGAGAUGGAGAAGUUUGCGAAGAAAGAAUAAUGAAGCGGUUAGAGUUGUGUAUGCGAGUAUAUUGUUGUUGUUGUUGUUUGUUACGACGGUUUGGCAACUGCUUCUGAGCUGAUUGAAAUUUGAGAGUCUGAACAAAAGUAGAAGAAAGAAAAAGGAACCAGUGUUGACCUGGUGACUUUUUUGUGGUUAUUUUUAUUUACUGCCGGUUUUGUUUUGUUUUUUUGUUUUUAAAGCGAGGAAUGAACUUCUCUCUGGAAGAGACGGUUUUCCUCCCUUCCAUUGUUUUAGCUGUCCCCGUCGGUUUAUGCUAGAAAAAUUGUGAAAUUACGCAAACUGAGCCCUAAAAUGUGAAAUUAUGCUAUUCUGUUCAUUUUAACGAAGAAUGAUAAAGGAAAAUAAUCAGAAAGUAUGCAAAAAAUGGUCAAAUUUUGCAAGAUUAUGCGGGGUGCAUAAAACCACGGGGACAGAUUCAGUGUUGCCUGUGAUAUAACUAUGGAAAAGUUCCCGUUAGUGUGGAACCCAAAGCCUGCCAGUUUGAAUUUUAACCUAUGUAUGUAUGUAUGUACUGAUCGGGAGUCUUCUGGCGUUUCCUGUCGAGAACAAAUGUGUGUGUGUGUGUGUUUGUUUGUUUGGCAACUUUUUAUUUCUGUGAGUAUGUCGUUGAUGUAAGGGCGGUGCCGGUGGCUUGAAUGCCUGCGAUGCUUCAUGAAGCUGCAAUAUGUUGCAGGAAAAAGGAAACCCCCAAUAUAGACGCAAAGUUUGAACUGGGUUUUUUCUAGUUUUUGUAUUUUUUAAUAUUUUUUAUUUAAAAAAUUUUUUUUAUAUAUUUUUUUUUUUGGUUGAUUUUUGGAAUUCUGUAUUAAAAAUUUUUAAUACUAGGAUAAAAAAAUAAUCAGUAAGAGAUAGUUCAACACAUAUCCUUUGCUAUUCUGUAAAUGCACUUUCACAUUAUUGUGUUUCAGUUGGGAAAUACAGUAUCCUGCUUAUAUAGUUUUUGUUAAAGUUUUUGUCUACUGCUGUGCGAAAAGAUAAAAAAUGGGGGCACCAUGACCUCGUCAUUAACAACGGUUGUGAGGAGUUUAGAUAACGUGAAGAGUGGAAAAUCCAACUUGAAUAUCAUUAGAUUUGAAAACACACCUUGAUAGAAUGUACAGAGCACAAAAGUAGCGUAACAUUUUUUUGGCUGUCUGGAUGAAAUUCACUGCAUCUUUCUGGAUUUAAAAUCGUUUUUGUUCUUCUUGGAAAAGCAGCGAUAAAGUUUAUAAGUCCUUCUGGUAAUAUUUCAUCUCUUUGAGUGUUCCGUUAAAAAAAAUGUUGUGUUAAAACAUAUUUUUUAGAUACCUUUAGGGUGUGAUGAAUUUAUCAUGAAGGUCAUCACGAUAACUUUUGACUUGUUACUUGUUGUAAAGAUCUGUUAGUGGUACUCUGUUGAGUGUAUGAUGAGAUGCUUGUUGAUCUCCUUUUUGUCACAUUGUUUCAUUUGGACUCCAAGGACUGUUUCAGUAUACGACAGUGCCGCUGUGGUCUAUUUACAAGUGAUGCUUUGUCGGCUCCUGCAUGAGCAAGUGUCAGACUAGGCCGAGGUUUUCAUAAGGUUUUGUUUGAAAGUGUGAAUUGGAAUUUUUUCAUUUUGCAUGGGGGGGAUUAACAAGUAGGUCAUGUGAUUUAUUUAUUUAUAUUUUUUUGUAUCGUGCAGUUGUUGUAGUGCUAAUCAGCUUGAACAAUUAUAUAUAUAUAUAUAUAUAUUUGUACAGCUAGUCUGUCAUAUUUCUUGAUUAUAGUUUGACCAACAGCAACCCCCCCUCCCCCCCGCCCCCAUUUGCUCUGUAUCAGUCAGCAAGUGGAAGAGACAGUCAGUGCAGAUUGUUUUGUUGCUUAAUUGAAAAGCCUUUUCUCCGAAUGAAGGUCACACAGCUGAAACAUACCGCCGGCCUUACUUUUAAUAAUGCGUUCAGUGUCCCCCCCCCGUCCCCCGCUUUUACUGCUCGAUUAAUUGAAUGAUAUUUCUGCUCAUAGCUUGUAUAGUUUCUAUGAUUUCCCCCCUUAUAUUGCGCAGUUUGCCCUGAUCUGUAAGUUGUUCAGGAUAGGCCUGAUAAUGUUGGAGAUGGAAGUUCAGUUUGUUAAGUCUUGUUAAAGUUGCUGUAUUUUUUCUGUUGUACAGUUGUAUUGCAUGACAGAGUCUUGUGGGAAAUGUGUCAACUGUGUGAAGAAUGUCCGCAAUACAUUUAAAUUUGCAUCAAUGAGGAAGACAAGAAAGAAAGUAUGCAGAUAUUUGGUUGUUUUAUUUUUGGUUCAAGCUGCUACUUUACCUGCUUUGCCUGCUGGGUUGUUUUUUAAGCAUUACGUUGAGGGGUGUGGAUCAAGAAGAGAGACCCUACCCCCACUGUAGAAUUGUUAGUUAAU